AUGUGGUUUUUGGUUUUGGUAUUAUUGAUUGAGCUCGUGGUUGCUCUCCAACCUCUCCCACCAGUGCCAGCAUCGAACACCAGCAGCAAUGGCGCUGACAUCUCGAUCAACACGUUAUCCACGAAGAUAUACAUUGACAGCGCUUUUGCGGAUACAAGAGAUGCGAAUGGCCUGACUCUCAUCCCGCCAUCAGCUUAUGAAUUUGCUGAGACAUUUCGCGCCGACAUUUCAUUGCUGUUAGGUGGAAACUGGAAGUUGGAGCGCGUCGAUGGCCUUCAGUCGGACGGUAUCAAUCUUGGGUCUUUCCGGGGUGAUGAAAGCCAGUUGGCAUACGAGAAUGGUGUUGCGACAGAAGAAGGAUAUGAAAUCGAAGUUACAGAUGGCCGCAUUUACAUAGGCGGAACCGGUGCGCGAGGCAUGUUUUGGGGCACACGAACUUUGCUGCAACAGUUGUUGAUUGGGAAUGGAUCUCUGGCACACGGUCGGACGGUAGAUGCGCCUGCCUAUGCUACACGUGGUUUCAUGCUAGACGCAGGCCGCAAAUGGUACAGCAAGGAUUUCCUCAAAGAGCUUUGCUCCUACGCGUCAUUCUUCAAGAUGUCAGAGUUUCAUUACCACUCUAGCGACAACUAUCCGCUUAAUCGUGGUCACAAUGAGACGUGGCAGGAUGUAUUCUCUCAUUUCUCGUUGUACCCGGAAAAGAAUACCGAGCUUCGAGGCCUGGUUCAACGUCCAAACGAAACACUAUCGCGCGUCGAUUUCGAAGAUUUUCAGCGGCAUUGCGCACAAAGAGGUGUCACAAUCGUUCCAGAGAUUGAAGCACCAGGCCACGCUUUGGCGAUUACGAAAUGGAAACCAGAACUUGCGCUUGCAAAAAAAGACUUGUUGAACCUCAGCCAUCCGGACGCGAUCCCCACAGUAAAAGCCAUCUGGUCAGAGUUCCUUCCCUGGUUUCAGACAAAAGAAGUGCACAUUGGCGCAGACGAAUAUGAUUCUACUCUGGCAGAUGAUUACAUCCACUUUGUGAACGAGAUGGCAGACUUCGUCAACACAACGUCGCAGAAGCGAGUGCGUAUAUGGGGUACACAUGAACCUUCUGAAAACCUCACCAUCUCGAGGGAAGUCAUCGUACAGCAUUGGCAGUAUGGUCAAUCGGAUCCUGUGGAGCUUCAGAAUGAUGGCUAUGAUCUAAUCAAUUCAGAGGAUUGGUGGGCAUACAUGAGUCUCAAAAAUGAUCAUAUGCCUAUCCUACCAGCUCGAUACCCGCAGUUCUACAAUGUUACACGGACAGUGAACUUUGCGAACGUACCAAGCUGGCAAUGGGAACCCUCGGUUUACAAUCCCAUCAACACCACGGAGCAGCUACAGCCCAACGCUAUCGGCAACAAGGGUGCUAUCUUGGCAGCUUGGAACGAUAACGGUGCAGAUGCCACGACGCAGCUUGAAGCUUACUAUGCGAUGCGCGAAGGUAUACCUGUCAUGGCCGCACGUGCCUGGGCUGGAGCUCGGGGCGAAAAGAUCGUCGAAGGAGAGCUAUCGGAUAGUACCGCACUUUUGGCACCCAAAGCCCCUGGACAAAAUCUCGAUCGCCGGAUACCGAAUGCGCAGAAUCCGUCGCAAACCUCGCCACUCGUGUCGUGGAAACGGGGAUCCUCUGGCAACUCGAAACAAAUCUUGGAAAUGGGCUCUUAUGGACCGCCGUAUACACUGGCCAUGAGUGUAUCGUCAUCAUUCAAUCUUUCUGGGCCAGACACCUCGCUCUCUCUCAGUAAGCUCUCCACCAACACCAGCGGCGACAUCACUACACUCAUCUUCACCACCGCGGACGGAUUCCCAUACCCUUUGCGUUCUGUAUCCUCAGAUGAUGGACACGACCCCGGACAUCCAGGUCGUAUCUGGACGAACCAAUCUACAUCCUCGCAUGAGCCUGUAUCCGUCACUCUCCCUGCCAUGUUGCGUAUUGAGACAGACAUACUGAACGGCAGUCGUGUCUGGAUUGAUGAAAAGUUUGCAGGCCGCUUUGAAGUAUUCGUAUUUGGAGGGCGCAACACACUGUUCAGCUGGAGUCAGAUGGCACUCGUUGCUCCGUUAAAAGAAGUAGACGGCGGUAUUGACAGCCUUGUGCUCGAAGCAGGCAUGAGCGUGAAGAAGAAGAAGAAGAAGAAGAAGAAGAAGAAGAAGAAGAAGAAGAAGAAGAAGAAGAAGAAGAAGAAGAAGAAGAAGAAGAAGAAGAAGAAGAAGAAGAAGAAGACAAUGAUAUGGCUGGUACAAGCUGGGAACUCCUGGGUGGACUGGAUUUUAAUGGGAGGGUGGGGUCGGAGCUCGUAG